AUGGAGAAGAGCCACCAAGAAAACAUGGAGAGGAUGCGCAAGGUCCUGCUGCAGUACAAGCUGGCUGAACUAAAGCAGAUGGAAGCAGGAUGUGCCAUCAAAGCUGCCGCCGCAGCCGCAUCCUCGGAAGCAGCCUCCUCUCCGCAGCCUGAAAACCGGAGCAUGAGCAGUUCGCCCCGCUGGAGCCAGGAGAGAGAGAAGCAGUUCCUGAAGCUGCUGAGGCAUGUGGUGAGUGUGGGAGAUCCGGAGAAGAAGUACGCCAGGUGGAAACGUAUUGGCAGUGGGGGUUUUGGCACUGUUUAUAAGGCCGUCAACGCUGCCACAGGACAAGCGGUGGCCGUAAAGCAACUUAAUCUCCAGCACCAGGGCUGUGAGGAAGUGUUAAAGGAAAUCCUGGUCAUGCGUGAAAAUAAGAACCCCAAUAUUGUCACCUACUUUGAAAGCUACCUUGUCAAUGAGGCUGUCCUGCUGGUGUUGGAAUAUAUGGAUGGAGGCUCCUUAGCUGAUGUGGUCAGCAUGAGAAGGAUGGCUGCAGGACACAUAGCAACAGUGUGUCGGGAGUGCCUGCAAGGCCUGGCUUUCCUUCAUGCCAACCAGGUGAUCCACAGAGACAUCAAAAGUGACAACAUCCUUCUGGGCCGGGAUGGCUCCGUCAACCCUGAGCAGAGGAAACGGAGGUCGAUGGUUGGGACCCCCUGCUGGAUGGCACCCGAGGUGGUGAGAGGAGAGCCAUACGGCCCCAAAGUGGACACCUGGUCCCUUGGCAUCGUGGGAAUAGAAAUGGCCAAAGGAGAGGCUCCUUAUAUUCGGGAAACCAGUGACAGGGCUAACUACCUGAUAGCCAAGCGAGGGGUGCCAAAUCUGCACAAUCUCAGGCUACCCCCUGGCUUGUGUGAAUUUCUGGGCUGCUGCCUGCAGAUGGAUGUGGACAGGCGAGGCUCUGCCAAGGAACUUCUGCAGGAGCCGGAAGGGCAGCGUUUGGAGGCACAGCAGCUGCUGGCACAAGGGGCAAACUUCCUUGCAGAGGUACAGAAGGAGCAGGAGAAAAGGCUGCUUGAGAUGAAGCAGGAAGUUGCCAGCAUGCAAGCUGAACAAGAAGAGAUCGCCUUAGACGUGGAAGGAAUCAAGGGCACGGUUCGAUGGAAGGAGUUGGCUGCAUUUGAGAGAAAGCACCACUCCUCCCUAGAGAGGGCGUCUGCAGUGGCGGCACAGACAGAGGAGGUAUGGCAGCCUCAGAAGGAUCUGCUGAAUGAAGAGCUUCCUCUAGCAGUGCCAAAGGUUUGCCGCCGACAGCAGCCAGCCCGCAGGGGUCUGGAGAAGCUGCUCCAGGAAUUCUCUCGCCAAGGGCACACACUGUCCCAGGUGUGCAGAGAGAAGGCGAUGCUGGCGCAAGAGAACGCUGCCCUGGAAGCCCGACUGGCAGCCACGGAGCGGGACCUACGAGGCCUUUCAGAGCAGCUGGCAGAGGCCAGGUCAGAGAAGGAGAGCCUGCAAAGCAGCCUGCUGGAGGCUCAGCAGCACAUAUCGGAGCUGGAGAUCGCCAGGAGUCAUGUGCAAGCCCAAGUGCGCGCAGCCACGCAGGCCAAGGAGGCGAUACUCGCUGGUGGCCUGUCUUGUGACUGGGUCAUCGAGGUGCUGGCCAUGUCCUAG